UGCUGCUACAACCCCUUCCUCUACGACUACUACAGCUUCGCCCAGUCCCGUGUGAGCGACUAUAGCAUACCAUUCUUCUCAAUUGUAUAUCUUGCAAUCGUAUCUAUACACCCAACCAAUCGACCAAAGAUGCAAUUGACCAGCGUCAUCGCCACAUUCCUCGUUGCCGCGACCUCGGUCUCAGCCCUGCCCAAGCCAGCGGUAGCUAAGCGGGCAGUCGGCGGUGUCCUGUUAUGUCAGGGCGCUAAUGCGACCGGCCUCUGCCACUACGAGGCCUACGCCCUAGAUGAAUGCCACGACGUGUCGGCGGACUUCUACCACAACACGCGGACAUUCGCCCCCGACGGCGAUGACUUCUACUGCUGGCCACGAGUGAGUAAAUGCUCAGAUAUCUGCAAGUCGCCGACGGGAUGCACAUUUGGCGGCGCCUUUUACUUCGACAACCCGAAUAAGUACGACCUGACCAAGAUCUCGUGGGACGAGAGCCUCGCGUCCUUUGACUGCCACAAGAACAUUACAGACUCGACGACGGCUUAGACAGCGGUUUUCGGUCUGAUGAGUCGGAUUCGAGCUGUGCCUGUUGCCUUCUUGUCUUCCGGAAUGUACUCCUGAGCGGAUGCUCUGCGACGUUAUUGCAUCCCAUGGAUAAUCGUCGAGGAUACAUAUCCUCUAGUCCUAUGGCGCUUUUUCGUAAUUGAUAUUGGGGCUGCUCAAUUAUACUUAUAGUGAUACGAAAAGCAGUGCAUUGUGAAAGAAGAAUACGGGACAUGGACAGCAUUGUGGUGUAUCCUUCCUUUAUCACCGCCCACCCUGUUCACCUAAUCGCAUCACUGGUUUCAAUCGAUAUGAGGUGGCAUACUACCUACCUACCUACCUUAGUAUGAACAGCAGGCGUUUCGGGUUUGAAAGUGAUUAGAUAGAUAGAUACCUUAGCGCAAGCAAUUUUUGGUCAGAAAUCAAUGAAUAAAAAAGAUACAAAUCCCACCAUUCUCACCAUCUUACUCGUUAUCAUCUUGCUUGAGUUACCUAGGCACACAUUAAGCGAUUUCUCCCCAAUUUCUCCUUCUACAGAUAUCGUCUCUUGAGAUUUACCUACUCUUAUCACCCG